CCAGAAAACCAAAACCAAGAAACAAGAUGAACCAUACAAAGAGUUGAGUUCAAUUCAGUUUUGUUUUUGUAUGAAGAAGGAAAUGCUAAAGCUGUAAUAAAAAUGGCAGUAGCAGGGGUAGCUUUGCAGCAGUUUCAACUGCCACUUACGUCGUCGUCAUCAUCAUCAUCAAUCUUCUUCAGGAACAAGACUCAGAGUCAGAAGAAAAAGCAAAAGAAAGAACAUUUCCAUGCAUUGAUCUCUAAGCAUAAUAGUGUUGGCUGCCUUAGUAAUUCUAAUUCUAAGCUUUAUCUUUGCAACAAUAACUCAAGACUUGUUGUGUUUUCUGGUAAAGAAGACACUGAACUUCAGCUCACUCAAGAAGAAGAAGAUGAUGAAGAAGAAGAAGAAGAAGAAGAAGAGGAAGAAGUAGAAGAAGAAGCAACCCCAGAAGACAUGGAGUACAUUGCUCAAAUUAAAAGGGUUUUGGAGCUUCUUAAAAAAAACCGUGACAUGCUCUUUAGUGAGGUUAAGUUGACUGUAAUGAUAGAGGAUCCAAGAGAGGUUGAGAGGAGGAGAUUGUUGGGGAUAGAGGAUGCUGAUGCCCCCACUAGGGAGGAUUUGGCUGAGGCUUUGGAACAAGUGAAUGAAGGAAAGGUCCCAAAAGAUCGUGUUGCUCUUCGUAUGCUAGCCGAGGAAAUGGCACAGUGGCCUAAUUUAGAGGUGGAAGCACCUAAGAAAAAGUCUAGCAAAUCCCUAUAUGCAAGAGUCACGGACACUGGUAUUGAUCCAGAAUUGGCUGCUAAGAAAUUGAAUGUUGAUUGGGAUUCGGCUGCUGAAAUUGGAGAAGCUGACGAUAGUGAUGAAGCAGAAGUGCCCGCAGCAGUGGGUUACGGAGCACUGUACCUAGUCACAGCUUUUCCAGUUAUCAUUGGUAUCUCUGUGGUGUUAAUUUUGUUUUAUAAUUCCCUCCAGUAGAAAUUUUGUCUUCCCAUUUUACAAUCAGUUUUGUACAUUGCAAUUGUGGAAUGCACGAAUCAUUUCUGUUGUAUCAACUUUUGUGAAGUAAUUGAUGUGCUUUCUUGUUUAA